ACUUUUUAUUGUUGUGCAGUUAUGGCCAAGAAAAAAGGGAAAGCAAUAGGUAAUGGAAAAGCAGCUUUAAUACUGGCUGCUACUCAAGUUCCUCCUCAACCUCCUAGGUUGCCUGAGCGUGUCGAGGAAUGUCAUGAUGAUGAUGAUUACAUUCCUGAUGGGGACAUGAUUGAAGAGUUGGAUGCAAAUGAAGAAAUAAAUGAUGAAGAAAUGAAUGGUGCAGUGCAAAAUCAUGAGGAUACAAUGAAUGAGGAUCAGAUGAAUGAUGAACUUGGAAUUGAUCCAAGACAGAGCAAUGGCCCAGAACCAACCCUUAAAGCCCCUGUUGAUGCAAAUGGAAAAGUGAUUGUUAGGUGCAAAAGAGGAAUGUUUCUUGAUUAUGAGGUCAGUCACAAAGCUGUUGCUAUCAUGCGCCAAUUUUUUAAUGGUCCGUGGUUGUCAUGGAGGGAGGUCCCUACACAUGCUAAAGUUGGAAUGUGGAACAAAUUUGAGGAGAUACACACAAUUCUUCCAGGACAAUUGCAUCAUGUGCAUGAAGUUUGGAACAAGCAUUGUCAGCGACGAUUGACAACCUCAUUAGGGAAGGUCAGAAGCCAAAAGCUUCUGGAAGCAAAAGGAGAUUUAAACAAAGCCCGUGAUAAACCCCCUAAUUGGAUCUCUAGAGAAAAUUGGAAUAAGCUAAUUGAUAUUUGGAUCUCCCCAAAAUGGAAGAAGAAAUCAGAAGCCAACAAAAAUAAUAGAAACACCAUGAAGAACGGUAGCAUCUCUAAACACUGUGGAGGAUCAAUCACAUUUGUCAAUCAUGACGAACGAUUGAAAUUAAAGUUAGGCAGGGAGCCAACAAUAGUUGAAUCUUUUAAUCGGACGCAUAAGACAAAGCAAGGCAUGGGAGGAUAUGUAGAUAAGAGAAGUGAAGCUGUCAUGGCAAAGUAUUCAGCUGAAUACUCCAAAAAAUAUGGUGAUGCCUCCACCUCAGAUGCUCCUCCACGUGAUUAUGACUUGUGGUUUGAGGCAACUGGUGUCCCAACUCAUGGCCAUGUCUAUGGCUUUAGUCCCCUAGAGGAUCUCACUGGAAUUAUUGGGCAAUCAUCAUCUGGAAGUAGGCAAAGCAAGAGAUACAGCUACAGUAUCUAUCAACCAGAAGCAAUGGCUUGGAAGAAGGAGAACAGUUUGGUCAUUGUGGUGUGCCUAUGGGCAAUGGUAUUUGGCCUGGCUAAUGGUGAGGCAGUAGAUCAGUGUGGUGAUGUCAGGGGCCUCUCGAAUGGGUCUUACAACUACACUGAUGCUCUGGCGAAGGCCAUUUUGUUCUUCGAAGGGCAGCGCUCUGGAAAGCUGCCGGCUGACCAGCGAGUCGAGUGGAGAGGGGACUCAGCUCUGACAGAUGGCCAGAUAGACAAUGUUGAUCUGACUGGUGGUUACUAUGAUGCUGGAGACAACAUCAAGUUUGGAUGGCCAAUGUCCUUCAGCGUCGCACUGUUGAGCUGGGCAGCAACCGAGUACGAGGCACAGAUUGCCGCUGCUGGCCAGCUCGACUACCUGCACUCAGCUAUUAGAUGGGGGGCGGACUUCAUAUUGAAAGCUCACACUUCGCCAACCACACUCUAUACUCAGGUAGGUGAUGGAUCAGACCACUCCUGCUGGGAGCGCCCAGAGGACAUGGACACACCCCGGAAUCUAUUCGAGAUCACUGCUGCUACACCAGGCACAGAGGUGGCUGCAGAUGCUGCCGCUGCCCUUGCCUCUGCUUACAUGGUGUUCGAGAGUGUCGACUCCGACUAUGCAGCGAAGCUGUUAGAGGAAGCAAAAGCACUUUUCGAAUUUGCCGAUAAGUAUAGAGGAUCAUACCAAGCUUCUUGUCCAUUCUACUGCUCCUUCUCUGGCUAUGAGGAUGAGCUUCUAUGGGGUGCUACUUGGCUCUUCAAAGCAACUAAAGACGUCCAAUAUCUGACAUUCGUAUCGAAUAAUCAGAACUGGAGUGAUGUUGUUCCAGAAUUCAGCUGGGACAACAAAUUCGUUGGAGCACAGGCAUUGCUUGCAAAGGAAUAUUUGGCAGGGAAGAAUGAUCUAGCUAUAUACAAGACCCAUGCUGAUGGAUUUGUAUGCUCGUUGAUGCCGGGAAGUGGCACCGUCAAGAUCCAAACAACACCGGGAGGACUUUUGUUCACGCGCGACACUGUCAACUUGCAAUACGUGACCAGUGCUGCCAUGGUGCUCUUUUACUACUCCAAUCGUUUAGAGUCUGCUGGAAUUGGUGGAGUCCAGUGCAGCUCCGCUAAUUAUUCUACUGCUCAAAUCAGAGCAUUUGCGAAAUCGCAGGUGGAUUACAUACUAGGAGACAACCCACUGGGCUACUCAUACAUGGUGGGGUACGGCACCAAAUACCCCCAGCGUAUACACCACCGAGGUGCAUCCGUAGCAUCCAUCAAAGUUCAUCCAGAAAAGGUGGGAUGCGGGGAAGGCUUUGCAGAUUAUUUCAACACCGAUAAACCCAACGCCAACAUUCACAUUGGAGCGAUUGUGGGUGGCCCCAAUGCCGAUGACGAGUUUGGUGAUGUUAGAUCGGAAUCUAUACACUCAGAGCCCACCACCUACAUGAAUGCGGCCUUCGUCGGUGCCUCGGCCCCUCUGCUCGACGAACAAUGCCGCUUGCAGCUGCCGCUGGAUGAGGGAACACCCAUGGCAUCAACUUCCAAGUUCAACAGAUGAUUACGAUAGUUCAUGGUGCAAUGAGAUAUUAGUAAAAGCACAGAUAGUGUUACAAAUAAACCCCUUCAACUAUUCUUGUAACUCAGAAAGCGGUCUGGUUUUAUUUUCCAGGGCCCCUUGUCCUAAAUUAUCGUUUUAUGGCUUUUGGCUUCAAUU